CGAGGCGCACGCAAGCGCAACCUCCCGCGCGUAAGAAAAUGGCGGGGAAGUUAGAGCCUUUGGCAAUGGAGCCACCGGAAGUUGUGGAGGAGACCGAGGAGGCUGAAGGGCAGACCAAGCCUUUGAAGGUGCCUGAAGACUUGCUGGCAAUGGUGAAAAAGCUGCACAAAGAGGGAAGUCUGGAGCCACAGAUUGAAGACCUGAUUAACCGGAUUAAUGAGCUUCAGCAAGCAAAGAAGAAAUCCAGUGAGGAAAUGGUAGAGGCCCAAGCUCUCUGGGAGAGCCUGCACAGGGAACUGGACUCCUUGAAUGGAGAGAAAGUUCACCUAGAGGAGGUCUUGAGCAAAAAGCAAGAGGCACUGGGGAUCCUCCAGCUGCACUGCCAGAGGAAGGAAAGUGGAGCUCAGAGGGUUCAGGUUGAAGAACAGCUGGAGAAUUUGAUGAGCCAGCACAAGGACCUCUGGGAAUUGCACGUGAGCCAUCCUCAUUGCCUCCAACCAAAGCACUUCCUCUCCUGGCUUCUGUGUCCCCACAGACUGGCUCGGUGCCCACCCACUGCUCAGCCCCAACUCCAUGGGACAGUCCUUGUCUCCUUUCUUCCUCUUACCCACCUAGUCAGCCCUUCAGCUUCUACCUUAAAUCUAGUCACCUCUUACCAUCCCGCAUUGCCACGUCUAGCAUCUAUGGCCCGGCCUGUUGCAGUAGCCUUUGCCGAGCAUUCUGCUUACUUCCUGCUCACCUAGAGUUCGCUCCCCUGGCAGUGGCAAAUGGGAACCCUGAAAAGGCCACGGUUUGAUCAUCCCUUCAUUCAAUUAAUGUUGCUGGAUGCAUCCAGCAACAUUCCAAGCAGGAGGAGACAGUGAGGAGCCAAAGGGGUCAAGGAUUUGUUGUCCCCAGGAUGGUUGGGGGGUGGGGGUGGGGGGCAUACUCAGACUCCAAACAAAAAAACAAGUAGAUAGAUCAUGUAAUGUCAGUGGGGAAGGCGUCUCUAAGCAGGUGACAUCUGAAUGCAGACAUAAAGUAAGGGAGGAAAACAUUCAGGUAUCCUGGUGCAAAUGCUCCUGGAAGAAGGAAAGGCAAUGCAAAGGCCCUGAGGCUGACGCGCGUCUUGGGUAUUUGAAG